AUGUCACUAUCAGCCCGGGAGAGAAGUCUGAUCGAUGCGGCCAACUGCGGUGAUGCUGAAAGGGUCGAAGCCAUCUUGAAGGAAGGAGUUAAUCCAAGUGUCAAAGACGAGCGCGGUUCAACGCUUCUUCAUAACAUGUGCAAGGAGGGGAAUAUCGCCAUUUCCAGGCUAUUCCUCGAAUAUCGGGCUGAUCAAGAUACGAAAGAUGAAUCCAAUUCAACACCCCUCCAUUAUGCUGCCCAAGGAGGCCAUUCUAAAAUAGUACAGCUACUUCUACAUUUCUGGGCUGAUCCACUGGCAAAGGAUAACCGCGGCUGGAUUCCUCUGCACUAUGCGGUCACUGAGGACAUUGCACUACUUCUCGGCGGCGGCGAAUAUGCAGAAAUUACAACGGAGGAAGCAGAAGUGGGACGAGCACCUCAGGAACCGGUUUUCCCCAUCAAAAUCAAUGGGAACGAUCUCAAUCAGAGUAUCAAACCCGCUGAAGACGCCUCCGAGACCAAUUACAUACUUAUCCAGACACGGGGUGCCAUCAGUGACCCCGAAAAGGACAUUCUUAAGCGUAUGAAUGUUGAGUUUUACGACUGCAUUUGCGAAAACACUUAUUUAUGCCGUUACGAACCCGAUGACCUAGAAAUACUUCGUCGAAAGAGAUUUAUUGUCUAUGUGGAUGUUUAUCGCCAAGAAUUCAAGAUUGAUGCAGCUCUAAAAAUGGAAGCUAUUAACGUUGGCCAAAUCAUAGAAGUAGUCCUUCUAUUUCAUGAUUCUUCAAAAUUGGAUGUUGAGAAUAAGCGCGCCCAUAUCGUGAAGAAAAUCAAUAUCGACCACCAAGAGGAUGGUAUACGGUUCUUCAAACAGAAAGCUCAUCUUACCAUCCCGAGAACUUGUUUGAGCGCCCUAGCUUCAAUCGAUGAGGUUCGCAAGAUUGAGAAGCUCGGCAAGGUGGUGUUGCGAAAUGACCAAGCUCAUUCGAUCAUGGAGGCUGGAAUUUGA